UUUUCUGUUUUUGUAUAUAAUAAUUAUUAGCAUAAUGAAGGUUAUUAUUCUUGCAAUUUUCUGAAUUGCUGCUGUGACUGCCUCUACUAGUAGAACUGAGAAUUUCGGACUUGAAAGCAUCCUAAAUGAAGGUUCCCCAAUCAGAUCUCUUGUUGACGGAGUUUUGAACGAAGGAUCAUCAUCUGAACUCACUACUUACAUUCAGCUCUUCAACCAAUUUUACCCAUUCUUGAAGACUUUGGCUGACAAUAUUGAUCCAACCACUGGAGAAAUGGUAAAGCAAUUUGAUUACCAAUACUGCAUUAAUGACCAGCAAAACAAACCAGUUAUUUGCUUCGAAGCAGAGUGGUUAUUCAUCAUUGGAUUCCGCUCUUUGCAGUUCCACGAUGAGGAUAGAUUCUAUAACCUCACUGUCACUCCAUACGCUACCAUGACUGCCAACUUCUCUCUCAACUCUUUGACUGGGCCUGCUAGAUUGUCUAUCGGUCCUUCCCUAGAGUUUGUCCACUUCAGGCUCCCACUCAGCUUCGAAGUAGAAGAUAAGGACAAAUUCUGCUACGCUGGUAAUCUGCAAAUUGAUCCAAUCUCCAUUCUUACCUCCGCCAAGGCUGAAUUCUUAGAAUGUGAAAUCACUAUUCCUGAAGAGACUACUAGAUGUAACUGGGAUGAAGGUGUUGGAGCCAGAAUUAACAAUGCUCUUUUGACUGAUGGAUACGAAUCCACUCUUCUCGACAGAGUUUGUAUGACUCCAAGCUAAUUUUAAUCUUAUCUGAUAAGUAUAUUUUGGCUACC